GCCAAUCAAAUAUCGGGGCCCGGAAAAGAGUACGGAGGAAACGAGGCUUUUUGUGGCAUGAAACCCUCAGUACGAAAAGUUACGAAAAAGGCAUUUUUUUUUCUCGCUUAGCCUGAGCUUAAAUUCGAACAACAUAGGUUAUAAAUACAGGUCCAAAAAUUUUCCCUUUUGCUCAUCCCAUCAAUUCAACAUAAAGAUCGAUCUAUUCUAAGCUACCUUCUCUUUUUCCCUUCUACCAUUGUCGCAGAUCAAACAAAAACUACUUGUCAAUCAAAGUACUACUUUUACUAUUAUCACACUGUAACCAGCGAUGUCAGCAUCCGUGUUAGCCUAUAGCAACGCAUUCUCUUUCAAUACGACUUUAAAUGAAUAUACCUUUUGUCCACACUGCGGUGUUGAUGUAACAAUAUUUUCACACGAGGAUGAUUGUCCAAGUCUACGCCAACAACAAGAGAAUAGCCCAAUUAGUAACGGCACAAGUAAACCCACAACAGAAUCAUCCACGUCAUCGUCUACAUAGGAAGGCAUAGAAAAGAUUGCCUCCACAUACCUGAUUCAAGGCAUUUUUGUCUUCAGACGCACCGUAUUCCCCCCCUCCUUUCUCCUCUCUUGAUGCAAACCAAAAAAAAAAACGAUGGUGAGAGAGACCUAUACCUUCAUUCGUACAUAGUUCGCUUAACAACAACAACAAUAAUAAUAGUAAUUAUAAUAGUAAUCAUUAUUCUAAUAAUUUUAAUAGUAUAUAUAUAUACAUACAUUCUUUAUAUUUUUCCGUUUCUCUUGAUACUUGUAUAAAUAAAUUGGAUUGAAACCGUUUGAUUUUUUAUCGAACCACGACGUACACACACACACACACACACACACACACAUAAACUUUCUUUGAUGUUCUUUUCUCUUUCAUUUUUGUUCUUUGAGCGG